AUGAACUCUGGCAACAACGGCUCCCUGAACGCCAAUGAGCGUACAGGAUUACUUGGCGCACACCGUGGCUCCUUCUCUGGCCUCGAACCUCACGAGCACAUUGAGCAUGGACAGCACCACCACCACCCAAAGGAUACCCGUGUGUGGGUGCACUGGCCGAUGCACGUCGUUCAUCUGACGUGGAGAACCAUCGUCCGUGACUACGUCAAUGUCCUGCUCAUCUUCGUGCCAUUGGGCAUCAUUUCCGGUGCCCUCGAAUGGAACCCAACCACUGUCUUUAUCCUCAAUUUCUUUGCUAUUGUUCCCCUCGCUUCGCUGCUUAGCUUUGCUACCGAGGAGCUGGCUGCUACGCUCGGCCAAGCCCUUGGUGGCUUGAUGAAUGCCACUUUUGGAAAUGCUGUUGAGUUGAUCGUCAGUAUCAUUGCCCUAAGACAGAACCAGAUACGCGUCGUCCAGGCCAGCAUGCUGGGCAGCAUCUUAUCUAACAUCCUGCUCGUCCUGGGCUGUUGCUUCUUCGUCGGUGGUCUCCGCUACCGCGAACAGUCUUUCAAUACCACUGUGGCAUCAACCAUGUCCUCGCUUAUGGCUGUGGCCUCCGCGUCGCUUAUCAUCCCUGCCACACUCUACGCCGCGAUCUCGGAUAACUCCGUCGCCAAGCCGGACGGCACAGGUGAAAUCACGGACCCGGACCGCGCUGCGCAGAAGAACAUCCUCAUCUUGUCACACGGCACCUCCAUCAUCCUCCUAAUUAUCUACGUCAUGUACCUCUACUUCCAGCUGGGUUCCCACUCCGACCUCUUCGAGGAGACGAAUGGCAGUGAUACCGAGAAUGUUGCUGGCACCGAGGAGGAGGAAGAGGAGGAAGAGGAGCGUAUUCUCAGCCCCUGGGCUGCGGCCGUUGUUCUCGUCAUCGUGACUAUCCUCGUCUCGAUCUGCGCCGAUUACCUGGUCGAUGCUAUCGACCCCCUUGUAAAGACGACAGGUAUGAGCAAGACGUUCAUUGGACUAGUUCUGAUCCCGAUUGUGGGCAAUGCCGCGGAACAUGUUACUGCUGUUGUGGUUGCGUACAAGGAUAAGAUGGAUCUUGCGAUCGGAGUUGCUAUUGGUAGCAGCUUGCAGAUUGCGCUGUUUGUCACUCCCUUCUUGGUUAUUCUCGGCUGGAUCAUGGGUAUCGAGAUGACACUCCACUUCCAGACUUUCGAGACCGUUGCGUUCUUCAUUUCUGGGUUGGUUGUUACUCUGCUUAUUCAAGAUGGAAAGUCCAAUUACCUGGAGGGUGGUAUGUGUCUCGGCAUGUAUGUCAUACUUGCCUUGGCGUUCUACGUCUACCCUGAUACUAUUACCAAUUAA